GAAAAACAUAAAUAGACAAGAAACAAUUUUUCACCUCAGCUAAGCAACUACAACAGCCACAAUGGCUCUCAAUAUUGUAGCAGUUUAUUUAAGUGUAUGUCUCACCAUCUUUACUGGAAAUGCACUUGGUAGCAGAGUGUGUCACCCGCAACCAACUGAUGUAAUUUUUGUUCUGGACACAUCUACGAGCAUUAAUGAACUAGAUUACAAAAAAGAAAUUGGUUUUGUCUCAGGCAUUGUCCGUCAUCUUACAACCUUGAAUCCAGCUGGUGUUGAAGUUGGCCUCUAUACAUUUUCUGAUACCUUCAAAAAUAAUAUAAUCCUUGGUCAUUACCGAGACAAAAACUCUCUCCUAGCAAUUUUAAAUGGAAUUCAACCCUUACAAGGAUCUACAAACACACAUUUGGUCCUUGAAGAUAUUCUUAGUAAUGGAUUUAAAAGCAGCUCCAGGCAAAACACAAAGCGAGUUGUUGUUCUCAUUACAGAUGGACAAUCUGUAUUCCAGGCGAAAACUCUCCAGGCUGCAAAAGCUUUGCACAAUGCUAACAUUGAGGUCCACGCUGUUGGAGUUGGUGAUUAUGUUGAUCCCAAUGAGUUAAGGAGUAUUGCAUCACUGAGAAAUUAUUCACAUCUAGUGUCUGAUUUUGAUUCACUGUCAAAUGUUGAAAAAAAUAUAAACGAGUCUAUAUGUAACAUUAUUGUUGAUCCAACUUCUUCACCACAACCAACAGAAAUUUGCAUAACACGACCAACUGAUGUGAUUUUUGUUUUGGAUUCUUCGGAUAGCAUUUCACAGCAAGAAUUUGACAUUCAGCUCAAUUUCGUUAUUGAUAUUGUGAAAAAUGUCAAUGUGAAGAUCAGUGCCAAUGAAUCUCAAGUUGGAAUUUAUACAUUUGCUUCUGGAUUUGUUAUGAACAUUGGUCUUGGCAGCUACAGCAAUGAAUUAUCUCUGUUGAAAGCAAUUAGGAACAUCCGAAGACUUCACGGAUCUACCAAUACACAUUUAGCUUUAAAUGAUGUUCUCAAGAAUGGUUAUAGUAAAAAUAACGGAGCUCGAACUGGUGUUCAUCGUGUUGUAGUGUUAAUUACAGAUGGACAGUCAAUAUACCCUGACGAUACAGCUAAGGCUGCUGAUGCACUCCACAAAGAUAACAUUGAAGUAGUAGCUAUUGGAGUGGGAAGCGAUAUUUCUAAAGAAGAACUGAAAAAAAUAGCAUCAAAAUAUCAAGAGAUGCACUUGGUAAAAAAUUAUAAAAGUCUACAGACAGUUCUUGAAAAACAAAUCAUAAAAAUAACCUGCGUUCCCCGACAAAUUUGCAAAGUUCGGCCCACCGAUGUCAUAUUUGCCAUAGAUUCUUCAAGUAGCAUAUCAACAGAAGAUUUUGCAAAGCAGCGGAAAUUUUUGGCUGAGUUUGUAAAAUACACUAAACUAGUCAUUAGUGACAGCAAUGUACAUAUGGGACUGUAUACUUUUGCAGAUAAAUCUAUUCAAAACUUCCGUCUCAAUUCUUAUAAAACAAAAAAAGAUAUUUUAGAUGCUUUGAAUAAUCUUGUUCAGAUACAAGGAGUCACAAAUACUCAUCUGGUCUUGCAAGAGAUCUUAAGCAAUGGUUUUAGUACAUCAUCUGGUGCUCGUGCUAAUGCACACCACGUAGUGGUGUUAAUUACAGAUGGCCAAUCUGUGUUUAGAAAGAAAACAAUUGACGCUGGUAAAGCCUUGCAUCAAGCUGGAAUUGAAGUUUAUGCUAUUGGUGUGGGUAAUGCAACUGAUGACACAGAACUGAAAGCAAUUGCUUCAUCAGGAAGUACCCUCUUUACGGUCCCAGACUACCACACCUUAGAUUUAAUUGAGGAAGAUAUAAAUAAAAUUAUCUGCAAAGAUGCCAAGAAUCAAACUGGGUUAUGUGAGAAUGGCAGUGCAGAUGUGGUCUUCCUGAUCGACACUUCAGACAGUACUACUAAGAAAGAUUUUUCAGAGGAGAUGAAUAUUGUUUCUGCGUUUGUAAAAUCAUUGAGUGGACUGGACAAAGUUAAAGUAGCUCUUAUAACAUUUGCUUCUCACUCUGCCCUACAGUUUUCACUGACUACUCAUACUACUAAGUCAAGCCUCUUGGCAGCUCUUCAAAACAUGCAGAAGUCUCCUGGUUCUACAAACACUGCAGAUGCUUUGAGGUUGGCUAAGGCAACUCUGCAAUUAGGAUCAAACAAACGUCGAGCAGUUGUCCUCAUUACUGAUGGAAAGUCAGAUGACUCAUUUGAUUCUCUGCAAGCAGCUAAGGAUCUUCGUUCUAGUAACAUCAAUAUAUUUGGUUAUGGCAUUAGUAAUUCUGUUAUUUCUGAACUGCAAAUUAUUUCAGGAUCCAUGUCAAAUGUUGUUAUUGGUGAAGUCUCAGAGGUGUCUGAGCAACUUGUGUCAAAGGUUCUCAAUAGUUCAUGCUCUUAGAAACGAUUACACAAGCUUCUAAAAUAUAUGCAUUUCAUAAAUAAAUUGGUAUUUCCAAUUGAAUAUUUGUACUUUUUCUUAAAUAAAUUACAUUGCAAACAAAUCA